CGGAGGAGGCUGUUCUCGUGGGAUAAGUGUCCCACGAGGACUGUACCUGCUCCCGUGCCCAAAAAUCCCCGUCUGUCUCCUCACUCCUUUCCUCGUGCCCAGAGUGGGACAUGCCCAAACCUGCUCAGAACUGCCCAUAGCGCUGGGAACAGCCAGGAAUAACCUGCUUGGACACUGCUUCUUGAGCUUCCAUGUCUGGGAUGUCGGGAGCGGCCCCGCUGAGCCCCCCCAGCACCAUGAUCCAUUGGGAAUGCUGGGGCUGAGGGCUCCAAGCCCCAGGAAGGAGGAUGCUCCAGCCCAGCAACUACAGCCUGGUACUGUUCCUGCAGUUCCUGCUGCUUUCCUACGACCUCUUUGUGAAUUCCUUCUCGGAGCUGCUCCGCACAGCUCCUGCUGUGCAGCUCGUCCUCUUCAUCAUCCAGGACAUCGCCGUCGUCUUCAAUGUCAUCAUCGUCUUCCUCAUGUUCUUCAACACCUACGUUUUCCAGGCAGGAUUGGUCAACCUCCUCUUCCAUAAAUUCAAGGGAACCAUCCUGCUCUCUGCAGCCUACUUGGCACUCAGCAUCUCCUUCCAUGUCUGGAUUAUGAACCUGCGCUGGCGUGACUCUGGCCGUUUCAUCUGGACUGAAGGCCUCCAGACCCUGUUCGUUUUCCAGAGGCUGGCGGCAGUGCUCUACUGCUACUUCUACAAGCGGACAGCUGUGCACCUGGGAGACCCUCUCUUCUACCAGGAUUCACUCUGGCUCCGCAAGGAAUUUGCCCACUUCCGUGGCUGAUGGAUCUCUGGAAUCCCCUGGAGUCUCCUUGCACUCCACAGGCUCUGUCUGGGUCGGUUCCGGCUCAUUCUUUCUCUUUGGAUUUUGGGAAUCACCAGGAGGCUUUUAGGGCAUCCCUGCAUUUCAGGGCCACAGCCUCGGUUGGGAGUGGAAUGUUUUUGGAAACCAUAAAAGAAUAAAUCAGAUGUGUUUUCCAGAG